AUGGAAGAAGCCACACUACCAUCUAACUCUUCCCUCCCUCUCAUUUCUAGGGUAGAUCAUCUGGAGUUCAUUAUCAAAUACUUAGAAAGGAAACAAACAGCGGGGAGCAAUGCAUACGCUGAGAAACGAAGCAUGCCUCCGGAUUUUACUGCAAAACAGAGUUACUAUAAGGACACAUUAUUGCUGGAUCGAGUGGCUUCUCUUGAACAGAGACUUUUCCAGCUAUGCCUGGAGAUAGAUUCAAGUAGCAGUUCAUACCUGAUGUCGCUUGCUUCAACACAAACAUCAGGCGAAUCUUCGUCCAGCCAGAGCACCAAGACAGAGAUUUUCUACUCUUUCCCUACCUUCACCAUCCCGCAAGACAGAGAAAUUCCCCACACCCAUCUUAACACACUUGAUCCUUUACAGAGUGUAAGGAUGCAGGAAAAGGCAAGGAGAGAGGAGCAGCAAGAGAUGAAAAAUGGGAGUGCUGUGAAGGAGAAAGAGGAAAAGAACAGAGGAAAGAGGAGUGAGAGGAAAAGCAAAGCAGGAAAGAAAAGAUCAGUGCCUCCUUCCACUUGGCCACAUUUCAGGCUCUUAGGCUGCUAA